UAUUCAACAACAAAGAGAAAUAAUAGCAAACAAUGACAAUGACAAUGGCAAUGGCAAUAUGCACCCAACUAGCAGCAAGGACUCCAAAGGACCCAUCAAAAACAUUCCUUAAUCUUCAAAAGACACACUCAAUGCCACCAGAGAAAAAAGAAGUGUUCAAAUCACUUGAAAACUGGGCAGUGCAAGGCCUUUUGCCAUUGAUUAAACCUGUGGAGGAAAGCUGGCAACCCCAUGACUUGUUGCCAGACUCGUCCCUACCCGCGGAUGAGUUCAUCGAUCAAGUGAAGGCUUUGAAAGAUCGAACAGCCGAGCUUCCUGACGAUUAUCUUGUGGUUUUGGCGGGUGGCAUGAUCACCGAGGAAGCAUUGCCUACGUAUCAAACAUGGGUGAAUGGGCUGGAUGGAAUUGGAGACGAGACUGGUUCGAGUUUGACACCAUGGGCUAUAUGGACAAGAUCAUGGACUGCCGAAGAAAAUAGACAUGGAGAUUUACUCAAAACCUAUCUCUAUCUCUCCGGUCGCGUUGAUAUGCGCAUGAUCGAGAAAACUAUCCAUUACCUGAUUGGAACUGGCGUGGAUGUGGGUACGGAAAACAACGCGUACAUGGGCUUUGUGUACACAUCGUUUCAAGAGCGAGCCACAUUUGUGACACACGGCAACAUAGCUCGAAUGGCUAAAGAGAGAGGUGAUUUAGUCCUUGCACGAAUAUGCGGUACUAUUGCUGCAGAUGAGAAGCGCCACGAGAAAGCAUACGUGAGGAUUGUCGAGAAGCUUCUAGAAGUGGACUCAUCCGAAACUAUGAUGGCUAUAGCAAAUAUGAUGCGGCGCAAGAUUACAAUGCCCGCACACUUGAUGCACGAUGGACAAGACCCGCGACUCUUCGAUCAUUAUUCAGCGGUGGCGCAACGUAUUGGCGUGUACACGACUGAUGAUUAUGCCGAUAUCUUGGAGUUUUUAAUUGGAAGGUGGAAAUUGGAGAAGCUUGAGGGUUUGACGAGUGAGGGACAACGUGCACAAGAGUUUGUGUGUGGGCUUGCACCGAGAAUAAGAAGACUGCAGGAACGUCUUGAUUUGAGAGCAAGCAAGAUCAACCACAAAUUCAGUUGGAUCUUCAAUAAAGAGGUGUCAUUGUGAAGUUUUAUAGCCUCCAAUCAAUAUUUACUUAUCUUUAGUUCUAAAAUAUGAAAGCUAGUUAACAAUAGUAUAUAAACUACUCAUAUUUUAUAAUACUUAUUUAACACAUAGCUUAGCAUGAAAAUGGAUUCAUGCUCAUGCUCUAUGUAGUUACGACUUACGAGUGUAUUGGGUGGUCCAACUACGUUUCUUUUGUUUUCUACUUUCCUCUGAUUUGGUCUCAACAUAGAUAUUUGUGUGAGAGACUUUAGAAAAGUCUAGAAAGUUAGAUUGUUGGCUUUAAUUUUUCUUUCCUUGUGGUUUUGUUGUUUGGCUCGUUUGUUUGUUUUCGGUCCCAAGCUUUAGUCAAGUUAAUUAGUUUUCGCACUUCUGCGGCUCUUUGCUUCUUUU